AAAUGCUUUAAGAUUUUAAGUAAAGAUGUCAAACAAUGACAGUUCCCAGCUGUCUUCCAGUGGUAAAAUACCAAUCCUAACUGCUUCCCCAUUAGCUGCUCGGAAGAAGAAACAGUUUAACAGAGGAGGAAAACGCCAUCAAUUCAGACACAGUGACUCUGACACAGAUUCUGAGAACAGUGAUGAUGACUUUUCCAUAACAAGUUCACAACCUAGUCAUCCCGGUCAUGGUGGUGGUGUCCCUGUGGUGAAGAAGGAACUACUAGAAACAAAGUCAACAGCUUCUAAGAGUAGGAAACGGAGGAAAGCUAGACAAGAUUGGGAAAUAGUGGAAGGCCUGAAAGAUGGACAAACUUGUGAUGAUAAACCUGGCAAUUAUCAAAGUUACAUGAUGAAAAAAAGAAGAUGGCCUCUGAAAGGAUGGCACAAGAGAUUUUUCUUCUUGGAAAAAGGAAAGUUGUUUUAUGCUAAAGCACCAGGAGAUAUACAAAAAGGAAAAUUCCAUGGAGUUAUUGACAUUGGUUUAUCUGUGAUAGCCUUCAAACGACACAGACACAGAAUUGAUAUUGACGCUGAAGAUAUUGUCUAUCAUGUUAAAGUUAAAGAUAACCGAUCCUUUGAGGAAUGGAUACAGAGACUGAAGCAUCACCGUCUAUACAGACAACAUGUGAUAGCCUUCGGAACUAAAGAAUCACCCAAGCUUACGGACAUAACUUCACCAACAGAAGACAUUGGAUUUUCUACAGAUAAAGGAAGAGAACACAAAUUAAGUGCAGAUGUUAUACGACAAUCAAGUUUUAAGAAAAUUGACGUCCAACAAAGUCGUGUAGCUACAUGGGUGAUGGACUCGGCUGGAUUUGAACACUGUGAUAAAGGUUUGAAUGAGACUCAGACUAUUCUAUGUGAAUUGAGAGAUGAUUUAGAACAACUUAGGAAUAUACCAUUGACACCAGAUUCUGUUAUAGAGGAGGCUGAAAGUGAACCAAAUGAUUUGAAGAAGAAAAGUCGAGGCCUAGGACUCAGAAGUAAACGGAAAGAGAAAAAAACAAGUGACACCUCGCUGACAGACAAUGAUCUCAUGAGAACCAGUUCUUCCAAUCCAAACCUUGUACAUUUUGAGAUGAGCAGAACGAGACCCAGCAGCAUGUCUGAUGCACACUAUACCAGUGGGAAUGACUCAUUUCUCAGUAGUCAAGACACUUAUGUUAAUGAUAGCAAAUUAAGAGAAACAUUUGUAAUAAAGGCAGAGAAAGUACAUAAAAAUCUGAAAUCUUUACUGAACAUAAUUGGAACAGAAAGAGAUCGACUGAAGAAAGCAGUUGUAGAUAAUAACAAUUGGUCUGGAUCAUCAGCAAGCUUGAAUAAACAUUUAGUUGAGGCAUUGAGGCAGAAUGCAGACUUAAGAAAUAAAUUAUCAAAGAUUCAUGCUGAGUCAGCAGUUCACAGUGACACAAAACUUGUUCCACCAUCAUCACCUAUCUUAUCACCUGUGCCAAACCUAGACAAGGAUCACGACCAUGUUUUAUCACAGUCUUUAUCAACAGAAAGUUGUUCUAUAUCAGAAUACUAUGAUGCUGAGGAGGGGCGAGAGACAGCCAGUGAAUCAUCUUCUGAGCAAUCCGAUGAAGAUGAAAUCUCCAGUGAAGAGAAUGACACAGAUUAUACUGCUGUUCAUAGUGUAUCAGAAGACCAGUUAUCCGAUUCCUUUGAGACGGGACGGAGAUCAAAGUUACCUGUACCUAAACCAGACACUGGUGAUAUAAGUUUAUGGAAUCUAUUGUAUAAAAACAUUGGAAAAGAUCUGUCUAAAAUCUCUAUGCCAAUUACACUGAACGAACCUCUUAGUAUGCUACAGAGGUUAUGUGAAGAACUUGAAUACAAUGAAUUGAUAGAAAAAGCUGUUGGAUUAGAAGAUCCUUAUGAACGAAUGAUCCAUGUAGCUGCAUUUGCAGUCAGUAGUUAUGCAAGUACAGGGUAUAGAGCUGGGCACAAACCUUUCAAUCCACUGCUGGGUGAGACAUACGAAUGUGAUAGACCAGAUAAAGGCUGGAGAUUUGUGGCAGAACAGGUUAGCCACCAUCCUCCAAUAUCUGCUUGUUACUGUGAUUCUAAAAACUUUAUAUUUUGGCAAGAAACUCGUAUAAAGACAAGAUUUUGGGGAAAAUCUAUGGAAAUACAACCUGUAGGCAUUGUCAAUCUAGUUCUUCCAAAGUGGAAUGAGCAGUAUAGAUGGAACAAAGUUACCACAUGUGUUCAUAACUUACUAGGGGGUCAACGAUGGGUCGAUCAUUACGGAGAGGUCAAUAUCACCUGUGGAGAUAUCACCUGUAAACUAACAUUUAAAAAGGCUAGUAGCUGGUCCUCAAAACGACAUGAGAUCCAUGGUCAUAUCAACAGUCCUGAAGGGAAGGUUGUCCAUCAUCUAUCAGGGAAGUGGAAUGAAGCUUUAUACUGUGGUACUCAUCAUGGUGGAAAUCAUCAUCAGGCCACCAGUAAAUUAGUGUGGAGACCUGGUGCAAUGCCAGAUGAUUAUGAGCUGUAUUAUGGCUUUACCAGAUUUGCAAUAGAAUUAAAUGAGUUGGACACUGAUGAUGCUAAGACACUGCCACCUACAGACACAAGGUUCAGACAUGAUCAAAGACUAUUAGAGGAAGGAAAGAUUCAUGAUGCUGAGAAUGAGAAGACAAGGUUAGAACAUUUGCAGAGAGAAAGAAGGAAGAAAAGAGAAACAGAAGGAUUAGAUUAUAGUCCUAUGUGGUUUAAGAAAACAGGAAAAGAGAGUUAUGAAUACCUUGGGAAAUACUGGGAAUGUAAAAAGUCUCCAGGAUUUAAUAAAAUGUCUUUUGUGAAGCUAUGGUGAACAGUAACAGGAAACCAGUAGAAAGGCUGACAUUAAAGGCCCAGUAGCUACAAAACUUAGAUCCCUAUAUUUAUACAGAUGUAUACCUUGAGAGACAAACAAGCGAAUGAAUUAAAGAGAAACAUUACAAAUUGAUAUCUUUCGAUGAUUGACAAGACAGAAUUAUUUCUUAUUGUCCAAAACUUGUGAUCUAAUGUGUCAAGACCUGCAUUUCACAAAAGGUGGUACUAAUAAGGAUCAUAUAAAUAUCCUUAAUUUAACCAUCAAUUGUACUAUCAUUUUGAAACACAGGCCUUGAGUACAAUGAUAUUGAGGCAUUUUUUUUCUUUUCCCACCAUAUUUAGUAAGUCAUUUUCAAAACCUUUUUAUUUUGGGGCCAAUAAUGGGCCUUUAAGCCCCUACUCCUUUCACCUCAUGUAUUAUUGAAUUUA